UUGUUACGAAUGUGCUGUAUGUGAACGAUUGUAUGUGUAAUGUGAUGAACUUGUAGCAUGAUGCAAUGUUAGCUCAGCAUGGUGCAACUCUACUUGUUGGGACAAGAGAGACAGGAGGGGGCCCGGGGCCGCCGGGCCGCCGGGCAGGAAGUGCUGAGUCGAGCAGUGGGGGAGCAAGGGUGGCUGAGGAGUUGUAGAGAAGACGCGUGUCUGGGCUUGAGAGAGUGUUGAGCUGCUCCGCUCGCGAGCUGUGUGCAUCCGGUGUGCGUGUCUGCCGUGCCCCUGUACUGUGCCUGAUUAACUAACUGUUCUGUGCCCUUGAAAGUUGCUGUACUCUGUACUGUGUGAGGAACCUGUCAUUAAACUAGAACUUAGUGUUGAACGUGUAUCCUCUGCCUCGUUCUCUCCUCCCCUCGGUGUGCGGUGUGGGCCGCUGUGAGUGACUGGUGCCCGUGUGGUUGUUCUGGUGGGGAUCACGCCACCUGCCUGCCCGUGGAUGGUGUGUGGUAGGGGGGGUGGCGUAACACUUGGUGUCAAAGGAGUGGGAUAAGUGAACAGUGAAGCGCGCCGAGUGUCAUGGCGUCCCCCAGUGAUCGCCGUGAGGGUGAGGAGACGGGCAAGGCCGAGGCUGACCCGGGUGAGGUGAAGCCGGGCCAGAUGGAAUUGUUCGCUGCCAUGCUGGCCAGUAUGAGGCAGGAUUUGGAUCAGAGGGCAGACGAGAGGGCACGCGAGCAGGCUCAGAGGGCAGACGAGAGGGCACGCGAGCAGGCUCAGAGGGCAGAAGAGAGGGCUCGCGAGCAGGCUCAGAGGGCAGAAGAGAGGGCAGACGAGCAGGCACGCCAUCUUGCCGAUAUCCUCCAGAGCAGUCUCUCGUCCCUGAAGGCGGAAACCCAGCAGUACACCGACAAGGCCUGCGACAGCGUUAAGAGUGAACUGCUGGGAGAGGUGCAGACUCUGAAAGGCGAGGUCCAGGGCCUGAGGGAGGAGGUGGAGGCGGAGAGGCGGCGGCGAGAGCUGGCAACGUCACGCGGGGAGGAACAAGAAGCGUCACGCGUGCUGGCGGCAAGCACCAGGGUGACGGACUUGCUGGGGUCCUCAUGGGGCCCCUGGCAAGAACCCCUGGGCCCUCGCAGCGUUGUGUCAGAGCCAGCAGCUGCCGCAGGAGGUUGGGGAGCCAUCGGAGCUGCCCCCUUGGGUCCAACUGGCGCCGGAGUCGGACCCACUCACCCCGCCUCUCUGCCGCCGUCACCGCCGCCCUCUCCAUGCCGGCCGGCUAACAGCCCACGUGCUCCGCUUUCCCCCCCAUCCAGCCCCUCGGCUUCCCGCCGUUCGGGGAGGCGCAAGCCGGCGGAGUAUGACGGGAAGGUGGCCUGGGAGGCCUAUGUUGCCCAGUUUGAGAUGCUAGCUGCUGCCCAGGGCUGGGACGAAGCUGAGAAGGCGCUGCAGUUGGCAACAGCGCUUCGGGGCCCAGCUGUGGAAGUGUUGGGGCACCUGCCGCCGGCCCAACGUGCCUCUUACGGGAGCAUGGCGGAGGCCCUGCGGCGUCGUUUCGGGCACCACCUUCAGGCCGAGGUGUACCGAGCUCGCCUGAAGAAGCGGACUCGGGAGCGCGGCGAGACACUGUCGCAGCUGGCGCAGGACGUGGAAGCGCUGGUCAGAAGGUCGUAUCCUGCUGCCCCGGAAGAGAUGAUCGUGGUGCUGGCCCGCGAUUUCUUUGUUGACGCUCUGCACGACCAGCAGCUGCAGAUUUACGUUAAGCAGGCGCACCCUGGGGACCUGCAGGUGGCGCUGGCGAGGGCCUUGGAAUUCGAGGCCUUCCUGAAGACGACCAGCGGCCUAGGGGCGGCCCCCCAGCCCCGCCGUGACCUCCGGGGCCGGAAGGCGAAGGUGGAGAAGAAGGCGACGUCGAGGAAGGCGAGCCCGGACGGUUUUCUCGGCUCGUGUUGGGGCUGUGGCAAGAAGGGGCACAUGCGCAGUCGUUGUCCGAGGGAGCGAAGGACGCGUUCCCUUGAUCGACUGAGUUCCGACGCCUUUCAGCCUUGCUGCAAGGACUGUGGCAAGUCUGGCCACCGUUCGAGCGCCUGCCCCAAGCCAAAGGAGGUAGUGCAGGCGGGAAACCCGGACAGGCUGGAGAAGGGGGCCGAAUCCCAGCCGUCAGUCCCCGGGCCCCGACUUGCGUAAGCUGCCGCCGGAUAACCAGUGCGAUGCAGGUGGAGGGCUCAGUGGACGGGAAGCCAUGCCGCCUGACAGUGGACACCGGGGCUGAGAAGACCUUGGUGCGGCCUGAUAUGCUGGCCGCCACGCGACUCCCAGACGCGCCACAGAGGCUGUGCGGCGUCACGGGGCACUGUGUGCAGCUCAAGGGCCCAGUGGAGGUUCGUAUCG